UUAUGCGAAAAUACAAUAGCGGAUCAUUUUUUUCUUCAGAAAAAAAAAGUGAUAAAAAUGCUCGAAAUGAACCUUCCAUUCACGCUGAGUUGAGCCUUGCUUUUGCUUUUGAACACCCUUUACUCUUAGUUCAUCUCGUAGGUGGUCACCUAAGUAAACUGCAUGAAACAUACUUGGCUGAAAGAAAUAAGGCAGAAGACUUUAUUAUAAAUGCUGAAAACGAUCAAAAAAGUUCUGGAAGCCUUAGCGAGCCUGGCGUAGACCGUCGCUCGGCUGAUUUUAGUCAACUUUGGGAAUCUCACGGCGCUUCCUCGCCUUUAAAAACUUUUUCUGUAGAAUGUCAUGUCAUUGGUGAAUUCGAAUGCAAGUUUGGGAUCUGUUCCAAAAUUAUUGAAUGUCCUGGAGCCAUCCUCACUAUUGUUAGGAAAGAAGUUUACUUGGAAUUCUGUCCCGUAUGGAACGAGAUUUUAACGAUUAAUUUAUCUUCCAUUCUCGAUGCGAGCAGGUCUAACGCAAGUUUUAAAGAUUCUGAACUUCUGAGGAUACUAUUAUUAGUAGAUUCGAAGCUCUGCUGUGAGAGAACAUUAAAGUUAAGGGAUCUCGAUACUUCGUUCAAUAGAAAACAGUAUAAAUUGUACCAGACACACGAAGAAGAUGCUCAGAAAUUUAAUACUACAACUCGAAAGAAAAGAUCGAGUACCUUUUCUGCGCCUUCCACUGAUUUACGGCUGAAGAAGAUUCUCUCGCUGCGCACUUUACUAAUUCUUAUUAUGAGUUUUCUUAUUACAAUUGUUAUUACGCUCGUAACGUUGAUGUUCUACACUUCUGCUUCUAAUCAACUUCGUCUGUCUGCUGAAAGAAUCUCGCAAAAAGUGCUUUCUAAUGUGGUCAGUACUUUCCGUUUAAUAUUAGAGAGCGUAGAAACUACUGUUGUGACGGCUGCCACUAUACUCAACACACCGCUUUACGAUGGCCCUGUAGACGAACGAAUAGCAAAUUAUCUGUUGCACACUAUUUACUACGUAUAUUCGUAUUCAGGACUAUUAUCGUAUCCGUAUCCGCCAUUUACCCCGCAGAUGUUUAUUGGGACAAACUUGCCUUCCGCUAAAUUUUAUGCGGCCUCCAUGUACUCUUCCACUCAAGAAAUGUCAUUUGAAUGGGCGACGAUAACGUAUAAUCAUAGCGCACCAAAAGCCUUGAACAUUGCAGAGCCGCCAGAUUAUAUUUUGAUGCAAUAUUCAGUAAACCGGCACUGCGAGCCGCUCAACUAUUCCUGCGCUAUUGCCAAUUACGCGGACAGAAAAGAGGUCGAGGGGAAGUACAGAAUUCUGAAUCCACUGCAACGUCUUUGGUAUGGCGAAGCGGUCAACUGUACGAGCGUUUUUUGGACGGACAUUUUUUCGUUCUCCAGUGACGAUACAGUAUUGGGACUGACGGCGUCGCAUCGCGUGCCUUUUGAUACUGGAUAUCCUCUGAAAUACGUGAUUGGAAUUGACUUGGUGCUAAGCGGCCUCAGCAGUAUUCUCGCCCUUCAGAAAUACUAUGACACAGGCUUUUCCUACGUUAAAGAGCUGAAAACAGACUAUCUAGUGGCCAACUCCCUGCACGCGCCAGUGACUUACCCUAAUGGGACUCGAAUUUUAGUGAACCAGAGUGAUAAUGAACGAAUUGCGAUAGCCGAGAAAAUUCUUGUAGAAAAGUGCCAAUUUACAUCUACUGUCUACCAGAAAACUUGUUAUGUGGCAUCAACUAUCCUUUCAAUGACGCACUUUUCGGUUGGGAAGUCCACGUGGGUCAUUGUGAUUGUAAUUCCCGAGUCUGAUUUUGUAUCGCUUUUCAACCGCGUGGCCACCAUUAGCAUUUCCGUGUCUGUCGGAUUUUUUUUUCUGUGUUUGCUUCUUUUUUCUCUCGCCGCGACCCAACUUUUAACAUACCAAUUAAAUCACUGCACUAAACAACUCCGCGCCUUUUCUCAACUAGACUUUUCCGAAAACUUUACUUAUUCAGGAAUAAAUUCGCCUAUUAAAGAAAUUGCCCGGGUGAAUCAAGGACUGAACAAAAUUCGCGCGUCGUUAAUGUCGUUUAUAAAAUAUGUCCCGGAAGGAGUCGUAAAAAAAAUUCUUAUCUCCAAUAGCAUCGCAUCAGUGGGCGCAAGUCGUCGUAAUUUGACAAUUUUUUUUGCAGAAAUAGAAAACUUUUCUACUAUUGCACAAGAUUUGGAUACGGAGCAACUAAUUAACACGCUAAGAGAUUUUUAUGUGGAAGUCACUAAGCUUAUUGAAGAGCAUGAAGGAACGGUGGACAAAUAUCUCGGCGAAUCGCUGAUGGCGCUGUGGAACGCACCGGAGCCUGUUUCUGAGCAUCCCGUUAAAGCAUGCGAAACUGCGCUAAAGUUUAGUACCGAACUCGAAGAGCUCAAUAAAAACAUGAAAAGCAAGCAUUUACCAGCUUUUGAUAUUAUUAUUGGAAUUCAUACGGGAAGUUGUUUGGUUGGAAACUUUGGAUCCUCUUCGCGUUUAAAUUAUACUGCAUUUGGAGACAACGUUAAUAUUGCUUCGAGAGUUCAAAAAUUGAAUGUAAUGUACGGAACUAAUGUAAUUGUCACAGAAGACACGCACAUCUUCAUUCGAGACCGUUAUCUCUGCCGGCCGUUGGACAUUGUGGUAGUCAAAGGCAAAACGAAGCCUCUGCUGGUGUACGAGCUUAUUGGAAAGCUGCAAGACGCGCAGCCUGCAGAGAAGGAAAAAGUGGAUUUAUUUAUCGAAGCUUUUAAUCUCUACUCUCUCGGAAAACUUAUUGAAGCUCGUGCUAAAUUUGAGAGUUACUUAGAAAAAUACCCGCUCGACCGCACUGCUAAGAAACACUUAAGAACAUGCAUUAAGUAUGAAGGACGAGAACAAGAUUGGCAGCGUUUUAAUGUUAUGACCAAAAAAUAA